CGAUACUGUUUGUCUACUAUGCGGGUACGACCGCACAGAGUUAGGAUUCGAUCUGUUUACGGUCGUCCUGAGGCGAAGACCAUGGCGAUCGCCCUCCGCUUCCUCUCCGUCGCCGCCUUCCUCUUCCUGCUGACCUCCUCGGCCGCUGCGUCCUCGGGAGCUAAAGAUCUCCUCAAGAAGUUCGGCUUCCCCAAGGGCCUCCUUCCCAAUUCGGCCAAGAACUACUCCCUCGCCGACGACGGCUCCUUCCAGGUCCGGCUCAAGCACCCAUGCUACGUCCAGUUCACCGAUCUCGUCUACUACGACGAGAUCGUCACCGGGCGUAUCUCGUACGGCUCCCUCUCCGGGAUCAAAGGCAUCCAGGUCAAGAAGCUCUUCGUCUGGUUCCCAAUCUCCAGCAUCAAGGCCGACGAGGACUCGAACACCAUCCAGAUCAACGUGGGCUUCCUCACCGAAACCUUCCCGUGGAAGCAGUUCAAGGACGUCCCCGAUUGCCUGAAGAAGCUCCCGCUGAAGGCCUCCUACCGCCGCGACGCCGACUUCUUAUCUGAGGAACCGUUUGCUGCUGCUGCUGAGGUUUAAACUGGAAACAAUUUGGAAGUCUUCUGCUGUAGAUUUUCCAUUAUGUGUGUGCAAUAAUAAUCUAGUAAUAUCUUCAGAAUAAAUGCAUCGUCCAGCUGCGUCAGUCAGGGCUACGCAAGCUCAUUCCAUUGCCGUGGGUUCAAUCUCUCCUUGCUCCCUGUAGUGUUUUCUAUGUCUUUUUAGUCCUCGGAGAAUAUGUAUAUACAAUAACUGUGCAUCUUAUUGUGUGUCCGUGAAUAUGUCCGAUUGUUCA